UGAUGGGCGGGGAGCCUUUUGGGAGGGUUGCCACAGCAACGUCGAAGCUGUUCUAAGACGCGUUGCUAGCGGGGAUUGGGAGCCGGAGAUUGGAAUUUAAGGAAUAUAAAGUGAUGACUAUUGUUAUAAAAAAGCAACAUUGUAUUUUAGAAAUGAGAAGAUAACUUCUGAUUCAACAUGAUAAGAAAUUAUUCUAAGGACCGUCCUAAAAAUUUAGCUAUUACUGCAGUUGCUUUACAAGAUCACAUUUUACAUAAUCUUCAAAUCCAACCUCUUUCAGUGAUAGAUCUUUAUAACAUAAAGAAACAGAAUAAGGAUAGUGGAUACAAAUAUCCAAACAAAAAUAAAAAAGCAAUAGUGGAUACUGGACUGAAAAAGAGAACUAUACAAAUCCCUAGAGGAGAAGAGCCAGAGAAAGAAUAUGUUCUUGAUCCACAUCCUCCCCCACUCACUCUAGCACAGAAGCUGGGUUUGAUUGAACCUCCUCCAUCCCCUCUCUCAGCUGAAGAAUGGGCAAAAGUAAAGGAAAGGUCCAUAAAACAAGGGGAUUCUAUGCAUCCAUGUCCAAUAUGUAGAGAAGAAUUUGAGCUUCAGUCUCAAGUGCUGCUUUCAUGUUCCCAUGUAUUUCACAAAGCAUGUCUCCAGGCUUUCGAACAGUUCACAGGUAAAAAAACUUGCCCUCUGUGCAGAAAGAAGCAAUAUCAGACGAGAGUGAUACAUGAUGGAGCUCGGCUUUUUAAAAUAAAAUGUGCAACAAGGAUACAGGCCUAUUGGAGAGGAUAUAUUGUUCGAAAGUGGUACAGAAAAUUGAGGCAAACCAUACCUCCCAAAGAUGCCAAAUUAAGAAGGAAAUUCUUUGAAGAAAAGUUCACAGAAAUCAGCAAUAGAAUAUUGUCUUCAUAUGAUAUAAACAUAGAAGGGCUCUUUUCAGAAAUUGAUUACUGCAUAGCUACAAACAGAAGCAUUCUUCAGCAGUUUGAAAAAAGGUGUUAUCAGGAAAUUACAGAAUAUGACUGGGAGAAAAUACAAAUGCAGGCAUUUCAUCAAGAGAUAUUUGACUGUUCCAUUUGCCUUACACCCCUCUCUUUGAGCAAUCAUCUUCAAUAUCCACCCUUAGAAAAAAAUUAUACUCAACAUUCCCGGGAGACUGUUCUCUUGUCUUGUUCACACAUGUUUCAUCAUACUUGUCUUCUGGCUUUGGAGGAUUUUGCCUUGGGAGAAGUAUAUACUUGUCCCCUCUGCCGCUCCUAUUAUCAAAAGAGAAUUCUUCAAUGUUAAAUUUACAUAAAAUUCCAGGGUUCUACUCAAGAAUAAAGUUACAUGAUUUUGAGAAAAAA